AUGGUGUCGGACACACAGGCCCUGGAGUAUGCUGUGAGGCAGGUGAACCGCGAGGGGCUGCUGCCGUCCAACGUGACCCUAGGGUUCGCUGUGCUCAGUGACUGUGUCACGGACAACGCCGCGGUUGCACAAGCCCUCGCCUUCAUGCCGCAGGUGAACUGCCCAGACACGAGCCCAGCCAGCCAGGACGCUGUCGUGCCGUAUGACGUCAUCGCGGUGAUAGGCGCGAGUCACAGCACGCAGAGCAAGGCCGUGUCGCACGUGCUGGGCCCGGCCAAGGUGCCGCUCAUCAGCGUCUUCUCCACCAGCGACGAGCUCAGCGACAAAUCUCAGUUUCCCUUCUUCCUGAGGAUUGUCCCACCUGACAGGCUGACAGUUCUUGCCAUCUUUUCUCUCAUUCGUCUAUACGAGUGGAGCUACGUGUCCGUGGUUUACUUGGAAGGCAGUUACGGAGAGAAUGGUUACACACAACUCAGGAACCUGUUUGACAUACAUGAUCUGUGCUUCGCCGCCACGCACAAGGUUUCAAUCGCCAUCAGUGACAACGAGGCGGAUGUCAUCGCCCAGAGCCUGGUCAAGCACAAGAAGGCGCGGGUGGUCAUCAUGAUCACGGGUCCAAUCAACACGCGCAAAAUCCUGACGGCCACCGCGCGCCUGACGUCGCCGGGUACGUUCAUCUGGAUAGGUUCUGACAGCUGGUACACCGACAUCCCCACCAUGGCGUCCCUCGGGCGGCUGCUGUGGGGCAGCAUGUUUCUCAGCCCCUACAUGGCGUAUGUGAAGGCCUACGACGACUACUUUCAGCACCAAACGCUCGCUCGGUCUGACGAUCCCUGGCUGCGCGACUUCUGGGAGGAAUACUUCCGGUGCUCCCUCAGCAACGGGACCUGCCCAGAGAAUCUGACCAUCAGCGCGCACGGCGACGGAUACGUGGCACAAGCUUACACGGCGUACAUUGCCGACACCGUGCACAUGAUUGCCAACGCCACAGCCCGGGUGCUCCGCUCCACUCACUGUGCAGGUCGCACCGGCAGCCAAGCGCGUGCAUGCGUGACGGGGCCGCGGCUGCUGGAGGAGAUCAAGCUCACACAACAGGAGGGAUACACGGGGUGGCUUGAGCUGGACAACGACGGCGACCGUCUGGGGCGGUACGAGAUCCGACAGCUGCUGCCUGGGGAUGGUGGCGCCCUCACAGAGAUGUUGGUGGCCAGGUUUGAUGCACGGCUCGGCGAGUUUUCGCAUCUGCGCAACUUCAGCUGGGUGCACUUCCAGAUUGCAGAAGACGCCCAGAACCCGGAUAUUCCCGAGUCUCGCUGCAGCUGGCCGUGCAGCAUCGGGGAGGCUCGCAUACCGCAGGAGGUGACCUGCUGCUGGUUGUGCAGGCCGUGUCGCCCCAACGAGCAACUCGUUCUCAACGGCACCAUGUGUCAGACAUGUCCCACCUUCACCUGGCCUGACCCGGCCACCGGCUACAGCACGUGCUACGACAUCUCGCCAGACACGCCCACCUUCGCCAGCCUGAGGGGAGUGCUGCAGACGCUGGCGGCACUGGCGUGCUGCGCGCUUUGCCUCGCCGUCCUCGUCUUCUUCGUCCGUCACUGGAACUGCCGCAUCAUCAAGGCGUGCUCGCGCGAGCUGUCCCUCCUCAUGCUGCUGGCCAUCGGCCUGGGCUACGUCACCAUGGUCACGCUGCUGGCCCCUCCCAGCGAGGUGUCGUGUCGCAUCAACUACCUGCUCUUCUGCCUCAGCUUCGCCGUUAUCUACGGCUCGCUGCUCGUCCGCGCUCAGCGCAUUUAUCGCAUUUUUGACGCAGGUCAAAGGUCGACACAAAGACCUCGUCUGAUUGGUUCCAGCCACCAGCUGCUCCUCGCGGCAGGUCUUAUUCUGGUACAGGUGUUGAUCUGCAGUCUGAUAAUGAGUGAGUACGGCCCCUGGCACCGGCGUUUUAUGGCGGUUGCCAUGGAAGCGUACGUGGAGGUGAGUUGCGAGGUGCCGGCGGUGGGCCUGUACUCCUUCCUGGUGUACAACCUGCUGCAGGUGGCCGUCUGCUCGCUGCUGGCCUUCAAGACGCGGCGCCUGCCCGACAACUUCAACGAGUCUCGCUUCAUCUCCAUGUGCGUGUCCACCACGCUGGUCAUCUGGCUGGCCUUCGUGCCCGCUUACAUGGUGUCGGGCCGCGAGCACCUGCGGCUGCUGAUGCUGGCCCUGGCCCUGGCUCUCAACCACAGCGUGGCGCUCGUCUUUCUCUUCCUGCCCAAAGUCUACGCCGUCCUCUACCUGCAGGACGCCGCUGACGUCAGCACAGCCAAUACCCGGGUACCCAGAACGCGAGCCAGCCCAGGAACAGUCAGCGCCAUCCACCGGUGUAACGGAAAUAAUAUUGCCGGAAGUGACGUCUGUAGCGGAACCUUCGGCGGAAGUGUUGGGAACGUAUCCACAGGACCGAACUUUCUUCAAGUUGGUCCUGCGCCGUGAGAAUGAAUGUUUGUGAGGGCGAUCUGUAAACAUGAACACAACUCAUGAACGCGACAAUAAA